AUGUGUGUCCCCAAAUGCCGGCGCUGUUACAGAGAUUUUGGCCAGCGCUUGGCGGGGACGGUGGGCGGCGGGGAGGGGCCCGGGGACCGGCAGGAGAAGGCAGGAUUGACGGUCCCAAAGGCGCGGCGCAGAGGAGGGGUGGCCAGAGAAGGGCAGCAACAGGCGCGCGGGGGCGGGGAGGCAAUUGGCAGACGCGUUUUUAAGAUGCGCGAGGCGACUCCCUUCCCCAUCGAUCAGAACACCAAAAUAGGUGCGAUAUUGCAGGAAAGUAUGCGUUCGCUCGAAAGGCCAGACCCCAACACAAAAUAUGCUGUAUCCCAAGGUUUGCAUUAA